UGCGCCGCCAAGCAAAUCCACGGCUUCUUCCACGCGGAAGGAGUGAACAAAACUGGGGCACGCGAAAACGUCUCACCUGAGUUCAUCAAGGAGUGCAAAAUGAUGAGCAAUCUUCGCCAUCCGCACAUAGUCCAGUUCCUAGGAAUAUGUAUUCUUCCUGUCUUGGGAACACCGACACCGUUUAUGGUCAUGGAAAGCAUGGUCACUAGCCUUCAUGACUUCCUGGAGCCAGCGAUUGAAAACCAGCCUUCUCGUGAGUCCCCUAAGCCAUGUAGCCCUAUUCCACUGAGUAUGAAACGUUCAAUUCUGCACGAUGUGGCAAGCGGUUUGACCUAUCUCCACAAGCAGUCCAUCAUUCAUCGAGAUUUGUCUGCCAGGAAUAUUCUCCUGAAUUCAGGGAUGGUUGCAAAGAUAGCAGACCUGGGCAUGGCUCGCACUUUCGCUCUCAAAGGAACAGCAGCAUUAAUGACAAAGGCGCCAGGGGCCAAUGUGUACAUGCCUCCUGAGGCCCUGGAGAGCUCUCGAGGGGAACCUAUAGGCAGAAAGCCAUGUACAACUCAAGUAUAGACAUAUUUUCCUUUGGAGUUUUGUCAAUUUUUACAUUGAGUCAGACCUUCCCCUGUGACCUGCUCUCUCCCAAGUAUCAGAAGGACAGCAAACUUAUUACUCGAACAGAACUAGAAAGACGUGACGAAUACAUGCAAAUAAUCUACUGUCAGUUCCCCAAAACCCACCCUCUCAUUCUCAUGAUAGAGAGGUGUUUGAAUUUCCCUGAAAAACGACCUAGCAUUCAUGCCAUACGGGAUAUGCUCAAAAAAGAGGAAAAAGACAAGUCUGUCUCAAUGAAUCCAUUGGAACUGUACCGAGCUCUUGAGGCUCCGCAGACAAAGAAGGAAAGAGAUGCAAAGACUGCUGAACAACGUUUGGCUCUUGAAGAGAAAGUUAAUGUCCUUGAGGCUGAAAGGGAGAGAAAGGAUGAAGAACUCCAGUUGAUGAAAGAACAAGUGAAAGCACUGACCACUGAAAAUGUGUCACUAUCAGAGAAACUGCGCCAGUUUCAAAGCAAAAGCAAUAAAGCUGCAAAACAAACAGAGGAACUGAAGAAAGUCGCGGCAGAAAGAGAUGAGCUUAAAUUUCUCCUUGAGGCUACACAAGCCCAGGCAAAGAUGUAUGAGGAGGACUUCAAGACAGAGCGAGAGGAUAGGGCGAGAGCAUUUUCAGAGAGAGAGAAGGAAGGAGAGAGAUAUCGAGAGGGAAUUGAGCAUCUCCAGAUACAACUCAAUAUCUCCACGGAAACGCAGAAGGAAUUAAUGAAGGCCAUGGAUGACCUGGUUCAGGCCAAAACCUCCGAAGUUGAAACGUACAAAAAGCAACAAGAUGAACUAUUGGCCAAGGUUUCAACUCUUGAAAGUGAGAUCAAAGAAUGUGCAAAAAAGCAGGGAGGUGCAAGACAGGAGAGAGUGAUGACAAGAGGGAAAUCAAAGAGCUCACAGGAAGAAGGUAAGGACGCAGACCAUGUGCAUGGUGACUUGGAAAAGCACUACAAGGCAAAAUCCAAAGCAAGGAAAGCCGAGUUGAUAAGGAUUGUAGCAGCGCAUGGCAAAGCAAGACAGGAAUUGUUGGAGGUGAAGAAGGAGAAAGAGAAAACUGGCACUAAAGUGAGCGGUGACAGUCCUGUUGCCAGCUCUGAGCUAAAUGAGCUCUGCAGAUAUCUCAAGAAUGAAAACGAGGAGCUCAAGGAUCAGAUAAGUGCUGUGAUGAACACGAAUCAGCACCUACAUCGCUGUAUAUCAGCUCUAGCAGAGAAUGACAAUGGAGGUUCCAGUGAACAGGUUAUUCUAUAUCCCAUCUCAUGCCCAGACAUUUUACCCACUGUGGAAAGGAGUGUCGAUAACAUUCCUACACUUUCCCUGGUCCUAGUAUGUAGCUACCCACUGUUUUUAAGUUUUAUUCACACUCAGACUGCAGUAGCUUCAAUGUACACUCGAAGAUUCUGCCUUGGUCCCAGGGAACGCUUCUGAAUACAGAAUACAUGACACUGCAGUAGCUAAAUGCAGCUAUGAGGCUAAACACAAACAGGUGCUUUAUCACGAGCCUUUAUUUCCCAGGAGUGUAGCGUUAUCUAUUACGCUUUGCUGGCUGGGUUGAAAUCAUGUUCAGCAGACAAUAAAUUCUUAGCAGGACCUUUCUAUCACCUUACACAAGAUUAGCCGUUGAUUAGUGACACGAUCUGAUGAUAUUUCGACCAAAAAAUCUCAAUUGUCUGGGAGCUCCCACAUGAUGAAACACUAGGUUCUGUCACCUCUGAAAUGUCAACCAUGCGCCUAGCUUCACCCAAGCAAACUCAGACAACUAGCCCUGCCCAGCCAACUGGAAAACACUACACCAUACCAGGAGCUACUGCUAGUACUGUCAAGACCAACAUACAACAUGCUGACUAUGUUAAUCAGAGUCGAAUCCAGGAGAUGAUAAACCAGCGCCAAAUUAGUCCCACUGACAGGUGUCUCAUCCACAACCAAGUCAACCAGCAGUAGACCACGUUCAAGCACAUUCUCUGGGACCCCUCUUUCUGCCCAACCCACCAGAGCACAAUUCAUUCCACGCUAUCCUAAUAUAACACAAGCGACUGCUGCUACUCCAGACUAUGUAAACCAGAGCACAAUCCAGGAGAUGAUUGCCAAAAGUCAGCAGUCUAGUGCACUCUCUUCAUCUCCACCUGAUGUUAGCUCUCUUCCUGCUCCAAUCAUGAUCUUCACUGAAGACUCUACUAACACAACGCCACCUGCUGUUCCAGGGAGUAUGCCACCAUCUGGUGCUAGUGGUG